GUCAAAGUUGCUCUUUGCUCUAUGGAUUUGCAAAGUUCGACGUGAUUUGUAAUAACUCAAUUUGAUACAUAUUUCGUACUUUUAAACAUUAAAAUUGGUUUAAUAUCUGACCAAUAUAAUAAUAAAGCAAGAUGAAUAGAUUAUUUGGUAGAGGCAAACCGAAAACCCCAGGACCCAGCAUUUCGGACUGCAUAAGCAAUGUCGAUAGCCGAGCGGAUAGUAUAGAGCAAAAAAUUCAGAAGCUAGAUACUGAACUAAGAAAAUAUAAGGAGCAAAUGUCCAAAAUGCGGGAGGGUCCUGCUAAAAACUCAGUUAAACAAAAGGCAAUGAGGGUGUUAAAACAGAAAAAAAUGUAUGAACAACAGCUUGACAGUUUGCGUGCACAAUCGUUCAACAUGGAGCAGGCAAACUAUGCCACACAGACUCUCAAAGACACCCACACUACUAUUUCUGCCAUGAAGGAUGGUGUUACUUCUAUGAAAAAAGAAUUUAAGAAAAUUAACAUUGAUGAAAUUGAGGAUGUCAAUGAUGAUUUGGCCGACAUGUUGGAGCAAGCCGACGAGGUACAAGAGGCACUGGGUCGCCAGUACGGCAUGCCAGAGAUUGAUGAUGAUGAAUUGGCAGCUGAACUUGAUGCACUAGGCGACGAGAUAGCCCUCGACGACGAUACGUCAUACCUCGACGAUGUAGUGAAGGCACCAGCAGCGCCCGACAGGGAGCCGGGCGCCGACAGCGUGCGCAACAAGGAUGGAGUACCCGUCGACGAGUUCGGCCUGCCGCAGGUGCCCGCGCAGACCACGCGUUGAUAGCUACGCCUUACUUUGUGUCCCACUCAGGCAUGGUUAAAAUUUUUUUUGUGUAAAUUUUUUAGUUUUUUACUACCCUACUUUUAUGUCGUUUAUAACUUUAUUUUAAUACAACAGAGGAUAGAGUAUAGAUAUUUAUGUAAAUGUAUUUUCAUGAAAGUCGCAAUAUUGUUUUAUAAUCGUUUAUAAAAUGCUGAGCGCUGACAGCGUGCGUGACAAGGACAGCAUGCCAGCCGACAAGUUCGGCCUACCGCAGGUGCCGCCUUAUUAAUAUGAACUGUUAGGAUUUUGUGAUUUUCCAAUGAAAAAUCAGCUUCGGUUGGACACAGCAAAACAUAAAAUGGACGGUUAUAUGGUGCUAGUGGAUUAUAUACUGAUUGUAAUACUACAGCAUUUGACAGGUCAAUUUUAAUUUGAAAUUCAGUACCAAAGCAAGAGUGAAUAAGCAUCCUCUAGAUAAACACGCUUAACUGACAUCAUUGCUAUCCAUUGAGCAUGAUUCUCAAGUGCAAACAUAUUUUGCAAUAAAAAAUAUACUUAUGUCUUAUGUAGGUAGAUUAUAUUCUCUAGCACCAUAUCUGUCUGCCCCUAUUUGCGUUAAGAAUUUAAUAUUAACUACAUAUUAUAUUAUGUAAGUAAUAAUUAUGCACAGUUACAAUAGUUUUUCAUUAGUUCAAAAUUUUAUGUAUGUAGCUCUAAGAAAUAUUAAUAUAGAAGAGAAAUGCAAGCAAAAUAAUUGAAUAUCUUUAAUCAACAAACAUCAUUUUUUCUGGUUUUUGUUGUCAUUAUUUUUCUUUAUUCCUAAGAUCCAUAGUUACUCAGUCCUUAAUAAUUUCUGCAUUUAUUUUGUAUCGCUUUGUCAUAAAAAGUAUAUAUAAUCGAAUCGGAAUUAUAUGCAUGAAAUGAAGAGUAAAAUAUAAAUUUAUCAGUUGUUAAAGAUUAUAAAUAAAAUUAUUUGAUAACCAGUGUUACAUAGAAAGCUAUUAUUAAAAAUUAAAAUCAUAAAUGCUGAGUAUGAACUUUGAAAAUAUCCUGUAAGAUAACUCUAAAAUGUGAUUUAAUUUCUCUUUGUAUGUUAUUAUAAUUGCCAUUGUAAUAAUAUAUUUUGUUGCUUUAACUUUAGUUUUAUUCUGUAAUACGUCUAUGUACCUUUGUUCUUUAAGAAAUUACACUUUUGCUAAUAAAAUUGUUACUCUAUUAUUAUUA